GGCGGGGUGUGCGCGAGCUUGGUUUUGGGCCGCGGCGGGAGCGGGAGUCACCGCCACUGGAGUGCGCAGGCGCCUGGCAGUUACCGGUCUCGCCAUGGAGCGGAAAGUGCUUGCGCUCCAGGCCCGAAAGAAAAGGACCAAGGCCAAGAAGGACAAAGCCCAGAAGAAAUCUGAAACUCAGCACCGAGGCUCUGCUCCCCACUCUGAGAGUGAUCUCCCAGAGCAGGAAGAGGAGAUUCUGGGAUCUGAUGAUGAUGAGCAGGAAGAUCCCAAUGAUUAUUGUAAAGGAGGUUAUCAUCUUGUGAAAAUCGGAGAUCUAUUUAAUGGGAGAUAUCAUGUGAUCCGAAAGUUGGGCUGGGGACACUUUUCAACAGUGUGGUUAUCAUGGGAUAUUCAGGGGAAGAAGUUUGUGGCAAUGAAAGUAGUUAAAAGUGCUGAACAUUAUACCGAAACAGCACUAGAUGAAAUCCGGUUGCUGAAAUCAGUUCGCAAUUCAGAUCCUAAUGAUCCAAAUAGAGAAAUGGUUGUUCAACUACUAGAUGACUUUAAAAUAUCAGGAGUUAAUGGAACACAUAUCUGCAUGGUGUUUGAAGUUUUGGGGCAUCAUCUGCUCAAGUGGAUCAUCAAGUCCAAUUAUCAAGGGCUUCCUCUGCCGUGUGUCAAAAAAAUUAUUCAACAAGUGUUACAGGGUCUGGAUUAUUUACACACCAAGUGCCGUAUCAUCCAUACUGACAUUAAACCAGAAAACAUCUUGUUGUCAGUGAAUGAACAGUACAUCCGGAAGCUGGCUGCAGAAGCAACAGAAUGGCAGCGAUCUGGAGCUCCUCCACCUUCUGGAUCUGCAGUCAGUACUGCACCCCAGCCUAAACCAGCUGACAAAAUGUCAAAGAAUAAGAAGAAGAAAUUGAAGAAGAAGCAGAAGCGCCAGGCAGAAUUACUAGAGAAGCGAAUGCAGGAAAUUGAGGAAAUGGAGAAAGAGUCGGGCCCUGGGCAAAAAAGACCAAACAAGCAAGAAGAAUCAGAGAGUCCUGUUGAAAGACCCUUGAAAGAGAACCCACCUAAUAAAAUGACCCAAGAAAAACUUGAAGAGUCAAGUACCAUUCACCAGGAUCAAACAUUUACAGAACAUGGUGUAGAGGGUGGUGCAGCAGAAAUAAAUUGCAAUGGAGUAAUUGAAGUCGUUAAUUAUACUGAGAACAAUAAUAAAGAAACAUUGAGGCUUAAAGAGGAUCUACAUAAUGCUAAUGACUGUGAUGUCCAAAAUUUGAAGCAGGAACCUAGUUUUCUAAGUUCCCAAAAUGGAGACAGCAGCACAUCUCAAGAAACAGACUCCUGUACACCUGUAACCUCUGAGGUGUCAGAUACCAUGAUGUGCCAGUCUUCAUCAAAUGUAGACCGGUCAUUCAGUGAACAGGACAUUAGCCAACUUCAAGAAAGCAUUCGAGCAGAGAUACCCUGUGAAGAUGAGCAAGAGCAAGAACAUAAUGGACCACUAGACAACAAAGGAAAAUCCACUGCUGGAAAUUUUCUUGUUAAUCCCCUUGAGCCAAAAAAUGCAGAAAAGCUCCAAGUGAAGAUUGCUGAUCUUGGAAAUGCCUGUUGGGUGCACAAACAUUUCACAGAAGAUAUUCAAACAAGGCAGUAUCGCUCCUUGGAAGUUCUGAUAGGAUCUGGCUAUAAUACCCCUGCUGACAUUUGGAGCACAGCCUGCAUGGCCUUUGAACUGGCCACAGGCGACUAUUUAUUUGAACCUCAUUCAGGGGAAGAGUACACUCGAGAUGAAGACCACAUUGCGCACAUUAUAGAGCUGAUAGGCAGAAUACCAAGACGCUUUGCCCUCAGUGGGAAAUAUUCACAGGACUUCUUCAAUCGCAGAGAUCACAUUGCAUUGAUCAUAGAACUUCUGGGGAAGGUGCCUCGCAAGCUCAUUGUGGCAGGAAAAUAUUCCAAGGAAUUUUUCACCAAAAAAGGUGACCUGAAACACAUCACGAAGCUGAAACCCUGGGGCCUUUUUGAGGUUCUAGUGGAGAAGUAUGAGUGGUCUCAGGAAGAGGCAGCUGGUUUCACAGAUUUCUUACUGCCCAUGUUGGAGCUGAUCCCCGAGAAGAGGGCCACUGCCGCUGAUUGUCUCCGGCACCCUUGGCUCAACUCCUAAGCCCCAGCCCAGCACCGCAGCAGAGAUCACACGCUGGCCCUCUGCCCCUCCCCUCCAAGCAUUUCCCUCUUCCCUUUUCAGGGUGAAGCUCUUCCUUCAAGGGUUUCUAGGGUGUUUUUUGUUUUUUUGUUGAAUCCAACAUGUUCAUUUGGGUUUGCUUAUUUGACCCUGUGGAGAUCCCCCCACAGCCAUUGGGCAUCCUAGGUGAAUUUGGCCUUGAUUGGGUUCUGCCAAAGACUAAUGGACUAAAAUGUGAAACAGCCUCUCACCCCUGUACCCUUGUCUUUCCAUUAGGACAUCCUUUAAAUUAUAAGCAUCCUUUUAAAAAGAGCUAUGAAGAUGUAUGAGCUCAUCCUUUUAUUCACUGACUCUAAGAGUCAAAUUUUCUAGUGCAUAUCCUAUUGCCAGCAUAAGGAUGAGAAGGGGAAAGGGUAUUACUUCUGUGUACAGCAGAGACAUUAAACUGGCUGUAUCCAGGCUGCAUCCUCUUCCUGGAUUAUUUCUGUUGUUUUCUAUGUUCACAUUUUUUUCUGCGACUUUUAAACUGCUAUCUUUUUAAAUGAGCUGUAUAAACACCAAAUUUGGGUACCAUUUUAUCACUGUUCAAAGCACUGUCAAAUUCCUUUCAUCCUUUAAUAACUCUGAGAUCCUCGAAUCUUCAGUCUGAUUUUUGAUGGAAACAAAAAUGGAACCACUGACUAGUAAUUUCUUCAGAACCACAUAUAUUCUGCAAACUGUCCUUUCCUAUGUCUCUUCUGUACCCUACCAGCAGAGUUACUUUGAUUGACUGUUUGUUUUGUUUUUUGUUUUUGUUUUUUAAUCCCUGGCUGGCACUUUACUCAUUGCACUUGAGUUUAUUGCCCCAUAACUAAAGAAUUCAGGAUGACUCUAGAAAGGAAAACUGGAUUUCAGAGAUUUCCCAUCUGAGAAGAAACUGUCCUAGAGUUCUCGGUUCUUUUACAAACAGUCCCCAACUUUUAUUUACAGCUUUUUCUUUACCUUGUCCAGAAUUCAGCCUUGAAGCAGUUUCCCCCUACGGCUUUGCCUUUCUCAUUUUCUCAGAGGCUUCAGGUCUUAAAUGAAAUCCCAGGAUACAAGAACCAAGGGGAGGGGGUGGGAUGGCACUUUUUUCAUUGUUGUUUAUUUUGAGAGUUGUAGGGGUUUUUUUUCUCUUUGUUUGGUUUAAGGUUAGCCAUUCUCUGCUGCUAUUUCUUUGUAUAAUGUAAGUUUUAAAUUUUGAGAUGUUUGAAAUGUACUUGAGGCUUUUUUUUUUUUUUUUUUAAUGAGAAAAGGCUUUGUGAAUCUUAUUUUAGGAUGGGCCUCUCCUAGACUUGCCCUAGACAUUACAUAUAUUCCUCGGGUCAUAUUGAAAAGCAAAAGAGGGGCAGGAUUGGGGUCACAGCUGCUUGUUCUGCACGGACCAAGUGGGCCUUGGGGGUUACAGCAUUCUCCAGAAGCGGCUACGGGACUCUGAUUUACAGAAAGCCAAGGAGGUGCAACUUGAGGCUCUACUAGCAAAGCACCGAUGAGGCUGUUAGGUAGCCAGCUUCCUAUUCAGGAGAUUGGAAUCUAGAUUCUGUCAUUUAUCUACCAACAAAGGCAAAGGAAAAAGUGGUGCAAUUAUGCAAUCCAUUUAACUCGUAAACAUAUUACCCUGAAUAACUGGCCAGCCAUUCAUCGGAUCCUUGAUGGAUGGUUCUGAAAUCAGACAUGUUCCUAUAGAAAGAAUUUUAAGUGAGGCUGUUCUAUGCACCUAUCAAGAAUAAAGAAAAUAGAUUGUAUCAAACAACGGCAGGGAAAAUCCUUCAGCAAUUCUAAUCCACUUUGGGUUUUCAGCGAUAUAUACAUCUAAAGCAAUACCAGACUAGAACUGAAUUCUUUUCUAUGCUGUAAAAUCACAAUUGUGGAAUUACAGGAAUUCUGGUGAUGACAUUAAGGUGAACUAACCAAACACACACACAAAUAGAAGGCCCUGUUUUAACAACUGACAUGAAGAGAAAUUUUAAUAAGAGAGAACCUGUAAUUUUUUGGAAAUGUUUUCGCACCAAAUAAGGGCUUUUCCUCUAUCACUUAAGGAGCCAGAUGAAUUAAAAGCCGUAGAAAGAGGCAGCUGUAGAAUUUGAUCUUCCAAGCACCCCAUGUACCUUUCCUGAACUCAAUCAUAACAUUGUCAAAUUGCCAGGAUCUCACUAAAGGAUUUCUAUUUGCUGUCAGUAAAAAAAUAAAACCCCAAACACAUUUUUAUUCUUUCUACUGGUUGCAUUGUCUGUUUUCUUUGUAAAUGCAGUACAAUAAACAAAUUAUUUAAUAA